GCUAGCCAAUGGCGGCGGCGAGGCGCUGAGGGAGGGGGCUCGGCCAGCGAGAACGAGAGCGAGGGUGGCAGAGGCGCACCUCGGGGCCGAGGAGGUUGUGCAGGGUACCUGAGUUCUUGUAGCGAUCAAACCACGCCUUGGCCAUGUCAUCAAUAUUGCCGUUCACCCCCCCUGUCGUGAAGAGGUUGCUGGGGUGGAAGAAAUCCGCCGGUGGUUCCGGAGGUGCCGGCGGCGGCGAGCAGAACGGCCAGGAGGAGAAAUGGUGCGAGAAGGCGGUGAAGAGCUUGGUCAAGAAGCUGAAGAAGACCGGGCAAUUGGACGAGCUUGAAAAAGCGAUCACCACUCAGAACUGCAACACGAAAUGCGUGACGAUACCCAGCACUUGCUCUGAAAUUUGGGGACUGAGUGCACCAAAUACGAUAGAUCAGUGGGAUACAACAGGCCUUUACAGCUUCUCUGAACAAACCAGGUCCCUCGAUGGCCGCCUACAAGUGUCCCACCGUAAAGGAUUACCGCAUGUCAUUUACUGCCGGUUGUGGCGCUGGCCUGACCUUCACAGUCACCACGAACUUAAGGCAAUUGAGAACUGUGACUAUGCUUUUAACCUUAAAAAGGACGAAGUGUGCGUAAAUCCGUACCAUUACCAGAGAGUGGAGACUCCAGUUCUGCCUCCUGUCUUAGUGCCACGGCAUACUGAGAUCCUGACCGAACUCCCGCCGCUCGACGACUAUACUCAUUCCAUUCCCGAAAACACUAACUUUCCAGCUGGCAUCGAACCACAGAGCAAUUACAUACCAGAAACGCCACCCCCUGGUUAUAUCAGUGAAGAUGGCGAAACAAGCGACCAGCAGUUGAACCAAAGCAUGGAUACAGGAUCCCCAGCAGAGCUGUCUCCCAGUACUCUUUCUCCUGUCAAUCACAGCCUGGACCUUCAACCGGUUACCUAUUCAGAGCCUGCGUUCUGGUGCUCAAUAGCGUAUUAUGAAUUGAACCAGAGGGUGGGGGAGACCUUCCACGCUUCACAGCCUUCGCUUACCGUAGACGGCUUUACAGACCCAUCGAACUCUGAAAGGUUCUGCCUAGGUUUGCUCUCCAACGUUAACAGAAACGCCACCGUUGAAAUGACAAGACGGCACAUAGGAAGGGGAGUACGUUUGUAUUACAUUGGUGGGGAAGUUUUCGCCGAGUGCCUAAGCGACAGCGCAAUCUUCGUUCAGAGCCCCAAUUGCAAUCAGAGAUACGGGUGGCAUCCUGCAACCGUGUGCAAAAUCCCACCAGGCUGCAACCUGAAGAUCUUUAACAACCAGGAAUUUGCUGCUCUUCUGGCUCAGUCUGUGAAUCAGGGAUUCGAAGCAGUUUAUCAGCUCACUCGAAUGUGCACCAUAAGGAUGAGCUUUGUCAAAGGAUGGGGGGCUGAAUACAGGCGGCAAACAGUAACGAGCACUCCAUGCUGGAUCGAACUUCACCUGAACGGGCCUCUCCAAUGGCUGGAUAAAGUAUUGACUCAGAUGGGCUCCCCUUCAGUGCGCUGUUCCAGCAUGUCCUAAAGCUCCUCCCCUUCGUCACCGGCGGCCUUCAGAUACCAAGGCCCCCCGUCAACAGACUUAACCCAACAGCUCGUCUGUCAUAGUAACUGUGUGUGGUCUCCAUGAACUGUUUCCUAUCCAAAAAGAAAAAGAAAAGUUCAGAGGGGGAGAGAGAAAGAGAGGGGAGGGAGAGAAAGAGAGAGAGAAGAGAGAGAGCCGGGGGGGGGGGGGGAGGGAAGAAAAGCACUUGAGGGUCUGAUAAAUUUUAAAGCACCUUGUGACUUCUGUUUCCUAUACUCUGAUAACUAGAUAAAAAAAACCGUUAGUGUAUAGAAACGCCGCCUUCUGAAGGAGGGAGGGACAUUUUAAAAGACUUUAAUGGUGUUUUUAUUGGGUAUAUAUAAAUGCGAGUGUCCUGAGGGUUUACC